CCACGCACACCGUCGCACAACGUCGUAAGAUCCCGUUCCCCGUGUCGUCGCAGUCGGCGCGACCGCGCAAGCGAGGAGGAAGGAAGGGAACCGAACGACGGAACGAGCAAGCAAGCGUAGAGGCGGCGUAGGUUGCUAGGGCCGGAGCGGGAUGGGGUUCAUGCUGCGGGCGAGGCUGGCCUCCUUCUUCGCCGGCGCGGCCGCCGCCGCAGCCGGCGGGGGCUACUUCCUCUACAAGGACUACAAGCUAGCCCACGACUCCAUGGCCCUGCAGGUAAAAGGACUCCAGGACUCUACUGACGCCCGCUACAAAGCCCUUGAAAAGCGACUUGCAGCUUUGGAAGGCCAGCACAGUGCUGGGGCUGCACCGGAUGUGGACACACCAUCAGAUUAGUCUGUUCAUUACGAGGCUUGAACGCGGAUGAUUUAUGUCUGUUUUCUUUAUCUCAGUUAUCCUCUCCUUUGAAAGCAGGAAGCCUGAUUGACAACAAAAUAAUCUAGGAUGCUUCUUUUGUACUGCAAAUGUCUGAGGAUGAGAUGUAACUGUUUGCAUUUCAAGUUAGAACAAAACGUAAACAUCAGAACUCUGAUAGGCCAGGCAAACUGAACGUAGGGAAAAUGGGCGUAAACCGAAACCCAAUUUGACGCUAGUUUUACUGAUUCUUUCGCUUUUUAUGGCAAAAUAUACUAUUGUGUUCUUUACGCGGUGGCUUGGAUGCUAUACUGGUCGUGGUCAGAGGCUAAAUAAAAUCACCAUGCAAAAUGGAUUUUCGA